AUGCGACGAGCCAAAGUCGCCGACGCCCAAGCACCUAAGCGCACCUACGGCGUGCGUUGGCACCGCCUUGGCUUCCUCGUGAGCUUCGCCUCGCUCUGCAACGUCUCCUCCAUGCCGCUCGCUGCAUACCUCUCGGAGCCGCUUCCAUGGCAAGGUGCACUCAGUCCUCCCCAGACGUAUGCCAACUACACCGAGUUCAACACGGCGUAUCUCGAAAGACACCAGCAACGCUACUCGAAUGCGACGCUGCCGACGGGAACUCUCUACAUGUGUCUCUCGGUGUAUCUCUUGGGCCUGCCGGGUCUUAUUUACUACACCAAAUCGCAGAUCGAUCUGCUCUGCCGCAUUCUCACAGCUCCCAAUACGACGUUGCAACACCCCGAAGGCUCGUGCUAUCAAAACCAUUUGUGCUCGUUUACCUUUGGCCGGUCGUGUCUCUGGCUCGAGCCCGGUGACGCCAUCUCUGACCCACCAGCGUCAUCGGGUGUGGCGACGCUGUACUUUGUCAACGAAGCCGCGCGCCAUCCGCUGGUGGUUUGGCUCAUGUUGAUCUAUCGCAUAUGUACGACGCUUUUUGUGUGGUACCGUCUCUGGGCGCACUACUACCGGCACUGCACUCAGCUCGAAUCGCUCGUACGCCGGUGUGGGCACCGGAACAAGAUGCCGUCGGGCAGCUGGUCGUAUGAGCUCGUCCUUGGCGACCCAACCGCGAUUGUGCUACUGGAUCCGAUCGUGGCUACGCUCUACUACCUGGAUAUUUGGUUGAGUUGCACGAGCUUUGGCACAGCCACGAUGCAAGUCCAGGCCAGCGCCAACGUCAUGUCUCUGCUGCUUGGUAUCACCUACCUCGCGCGCUCGGUCUGGUUUGCGUACUGGGGCCUCUGCCUCGUCUCGUAUGUACUCAAGCGCUGGAGGAAAGAACAGUGCUUUUCGGAAGUCGACCCAACGCUUGUAGCGAUCGCCGUGACUCUCAGCGGUCCCAUCAUGACGUAUCUGAACGGUCACGUGACAAUAUUUGUCCGCUUCUACCAGUGGUUGUUCGACUGCCUCGUCCCAACAGAUCGCCAAAACGAAGAGGUCGAAGGCGCGCUCGUGUGUUUUGUCUUUACGCUUUUCACACUCAACUUGCCGCUAGUCCACGGGCUAGUAUCGGCCCGCCGGCGCCGUCAUCGCAAUAUCGAUUAUAGCGCCUGCACGUACAACAACUUCAAGAGCGCGGUUCUCUUGCGACUUGCGGCGGCACUGCGUCUCACGCCGCUGUAUCCACCCCGCGGUGGCAGCAUCUACGAAGCGAUGGAGGCGAACCCGCGACUCAAGCGCUCUCCGACGAUUAGCUUGCGGGGGACGGACUGCUUUCUGCUCUGCUACUGCGAUGGAGAGCUCACCGAGCGGCUGCGUCUGAGUCUCUUGACGAAUGUCGACGGAGACCUCCCACGAUCAACGGAGCCGUCCGAGUUUGUCGUGUACGAGCUGCAAUCGCCCUCGGCGGGCGAUUGCGAUGCCAUACUUGGGCCGCAAAUGUCAACAAGCAACUCUGCGCUACGCGCGCCACCCGAUGCAUCAUUAUGGUGCAUUUAACUACGACGUGAUGUGAACAAGAAUCGUUCAGGACGGAA